AUGGUUGGAAGUAUGGUUAUUGAUACCCUAGCCACUGGUUCAGUAAAUGCUUUGUUGGUGUGUUUGAAGUUUCCUCUAACUAUUUACGAUAUGGAAGGUGAUGGGGAGUUGAUGUUAUUAUCUGCUAAGCAAGUAAAAGAUUUAUUGAAAGAGGAGGCGCAUGUGUUCGUUAUGUUUUCUACUUUAGGAAUCGAUAAUAAAGUUACGAUGGGAGAGCUGACAGUUGUGUGUGAUUUUCCCGAAGUUUUUCUAGAUGAUAUCAGUGAUUUACCUCCAGAGUGCGCGAUGGAGUUUGCUAUAGACUUAGUACCUGGUAGUAGGCUAGUAUCGAUGGCCCCUUAUAGGAUGUUUGCUUCAAAGCUGGGUGAGCUGAAGAAAUAG